UAGCAGACGAUCUAGGCAAUUAAUGAGUCAUAUUUUUUACUGUUUGUCAGGGAAUUUCAAGCUAUAAAUGACACAAAAUACAUUUGUAACCUACGAAAUAUAUAAAACGCUCAUAUUAUCAAACGCGGAUAAAAACUGUGUGCUGGCAGUACUAUAUGGUGAAUUAUUUAAGACGCACUGUAGAUUUUGAAGGUCACCAUUGUUUGGAUGUUGACAGUUUUCGCUAGAAUGUUGGACUGGUCGAACUGCGGACAGUGAACCGUUAAGUUCUGUAGGGAUGCGAAAGCUAUUAAAUGGAUGCAGUAGCUAUGGUUGAACCAAAAUGCAGUGUAAGCUUUGUCUGUCAAAGAUGCCUGCAACCUGUAAAAUUGGAUUCUUCCUUCAACAGUUUAGGAGAACAUACACUGGCUGAAUUAUCCUUACCAAUCCAGCCAGCACCAGAAGUAGAUUUGGAAACCCAUGCAGCGAGUCUAGAUCGGUACGUACCAGCGGUCAGACUCACUGAGUCGGGCAAUGGUGCUAACGGGUUUAUGCUUAUUGAUGACGAAGGUGAAAAGGAGAGCCUGAGUCACAAGAUGAGGGUAACAGCCGGUCUCUUUGACCUGCUGUCAAGUAAUUCAGAAAUUGAUCAUCCUCUAUGUGAAGAGUGCACUGAUGCAUUGCUGGAUCUUCUUGACCAGCAGUUGAGGCUCACAGCUGAAGAAUGGAAUGAUUAUAGCAGCUUUUUAAAGAGGUUGGAGGCUGAAGAUGAAGAACAGAACUUAGAUGAAUUGGAAAAAGAACUAGAAGCACUGAAAGCAGAAGAGGGGCAGUUGAUGGAGAGUCUUGAAGAUCUGCAAGAGCAAGAACGCAAAGUACGAGCAGCUUUGGCUGAACAAGAGCGUGAGACAGAGAGGCUUGAUCGUGAAGAAGAGCGUUAUUGGAGGGAGUACAUAAGGCAUCGUAGAGAACACCUUCUUAUGGAGGACGAGUAUCACAGCCUGGAAUGUCAGCGAACAUAUGUACAAGCACAGUUGGACAAACUGAAAAAAACAAAUGUUUUCAAUGCCACGUUCCAUAUAUGGCAUUCAGGGCAUUUUGGUACAAUAAAUAAUUUCCGGCUGGGGCGACUGCCAAGUGUCCCUGUUGACUGGAGUGAAAUCAAUGCUGCAUGGGGACAAACUGCUCUUCUGCUAGCAGCUCUGGCACGCAAAAUGAAUCUCUCAUUCAAGGAGUACAGGCUUGUACCUUAUGGGAAUCAUUCUUAUAUUGAGGUAUUGAAGGACAAUAGAGAACUGCCUCUGUAUGGCUCUGGUGGUUUCCGUUUCUUAUGGGACACAAAAUUUGACUCUGCAAUGGUUGCAUUCCUUGAUUGUCUACAACAGUUCAAGGAACAAGUAGAGAAAGGAGAUUCAGGUUUCUGCUUACCUUAUCGUAUGGAGAAGGGAAGGAUAGAAGAUUCUGCCACUGGAAAUUCCUACAAUAUAAAGAUUCAGUUCAACUCUGAAGAGCAGUGGACAAAGUCUCUUAAGUUCCUCUUGACCAAUCUGAAGUGGGGCCUUGCGUGGGUUAGCUCACAGUUUACAAAAGAUGAAGCAGAAGCCUCCCAACGUUAAUCAUUGUAUUGCGGCGUGCAGUGUGAGCUAGUCAUGAUGUGUGUGUGUCCGCAUUUAAACGCUGAAGCCUUUUGGCAUUUUUUAACUUACCUAUACACCAUAUAGGAAGUGACUGAAAUGGAUCUUUGGACCCAUCUCCUUGUAUAAAUUCAAUGGGCACCUGUGUUGUUACAACUUGGCUUAUGUCUUUCAUAAUGAAUGUAUCUUUUUCUCGAAGUGUAUAAUAUGUAUUCAUAAAACAGAGAUGUCACAAGGAUGCCAUGAUUUUUAACAGAAAAUGUCAUUGGAGUGUGUUAAAAUUUAUUUCAGUGUGUUCUUUUUGCGAUGAGCGUAUUUUGACACGUUUUGUACUCCUCCCUUUUUAAGUAUAAGAAUGAAGUGAAAAAUAUUGUUUGAUCUCAGUCAAUUUGCUUUUUUGUUGAGUGACUAAUGUGUAUAAUAUAGUAUUGGUUCUUCAUUCAUGUUUAGGCUAAGAAUAAGGUAAACAGAAUAGAACUGGAAAUGGUGGAAUGCUGUGUGAGAAUAGCUAGUUAUUUAUGUUUUGUUCCUGUAAUGAUAAUAUACAGAUAUACUGCCAUAGGAAGUGUGUGCAUCUGUUGCAGAAAGCUAUAAAGAAAAUGGGACCAAGAAGUUCAAAGAUCCAUCAGUGAGUGAAACACAGCUUUCACCAAGUAUAGAAAUUCGAUGCAAUGGUGGUUUGUGGAUUGCUUGAAGGAAGAUGUUAUCACACUCAUUGAAAAUAACAUACGAAACUGCUCAUGAAACACAACCUGGAUUAGAUGCCCCACUUUCUCAUCAUCCCCUCCACACGCACACUUUUCCCCAACCCUGCCCUUCUAUGCAAAAAAAAGUAUGCACACUCAGUGUUGACUAUAAGCUAAAGCUCUAUCUUUUCUUUUGGCAAACAUUUUUUCCAUAUAUGUAAAUUGUGUCAAGACAGUCCAGGAAUUGUUUUAGUCAAAUGUUUGAUAGAUAGUUAUAUUUAUAUCAUCAUCAUUACAGUAAGGUUAAAGAAAUCACUCAUUGUAUAGUCGAGGUAUUGAGGAGUAUAUAGGAUAAAAAAUAAAAAUAACACACACACACACACACACACACACACACACACAGGAGAGGGAAAGACGAGGGGGGGGGGGGGGAGACUGUACGUAUUUAUAACACAGCGCCUCAGUUGCGUGGUGAGUGAUUACCUUCACUCCUCCAUUGUCUCUAUUCCAAUUAUGGCUUUUCAGUAUCUAACUUUUAGUGCUCUCAUCCAGUAUACUCCUUCACUAAUUGAUUACUUUCCUUGUUCAGUAUACUAAAUCUUGAGAUUCAUUUCAGAGUCUUUAACUUACAAUUGUUUCUAUUCCACAUUCCCCCUACCCUUCUGGAGCACUUGUUCUGGUUACUGUCCAUUCCUUCAUUUUUAUCUAAUCUAAUUUGUGGUACACGUUGGAAAGUUCACAUUAAAAUAAUUUAAUUUCAGGUAAAACUGGUGGUCAACUUUCAGGGCAGUUGGGUGUGAUAGAUAUGGCACUGACCGGAAAUGAAGGAUAUUAUGUUGUACAAUUGAUCAGCUGUCUUCUGCCAGACACAACAGCUGAUUCAGAAUACACUCUUUUGUGUACAGUCUUCAUCUCAUAUAUACAUAAAAAUUGCAUUGAAACGCGAAUAACUUAAACAAGACAAUCAGUGAAUAUUUAACCACAAUCUUCUCUUCUUCCCACAUCCUCCCCUUCCCCCCUCCCCCCUCAAAAUUCAAUGUACCAAUCCUUUUCUAGCAAUAGGAUAAUCUGCUGUACUGAAACUAUUUUAUAAACUUGAAAUAUGCCAAUUCCAAAUAACAUUUCCUCAAGUAUUGUUAGUGUAUGUGAAGGAAGCUAUUAACAAUGGCACAAUGAGUCAUAGCUCAAGCCAACUAAAUGUAUAUUUUGGUAACUAUAACUGUGGCAUCCCAUGUAUUUGAGUUGGUGGUUGCUUCCAGACACAAUUCUCUGAAAUCCUAUAUAAUGGAAUCUAGGUAUCUGUCUGUUUUUUGUGCCUUACCCCUUCAUCCCUCCCUCCCCCCCCCCCUACCCUUUCCCUUUUAAAUUGAAAUAAGUACAGUUCUGUUGCGAAUAUAUGACAGAAAUUUCCUGUUCACGGAACUAGUUGGAAAUCGCAUUCUGAGCUUGCCUAAAGAUUGGGGUAAAAAUGUAAGUCAGUUUAUCUUAAUAGAUACUUCCUAACAAUGUCCUGAAAAAAUUAUUCAUAUAGAGCAUAAUUAAUGGUAUCAUGUUACACUGUCAUAAUUAUUUAAUGAUUAUUCUGUUCAAGAGGUAGUUGCAUUCUGUUCUGUGUGUUCAUUUGCCUUUAUUUAUUGAAAUGCUUAUAUUCAAAUGAGUUCAUUGUUGUAAUCCUGCUAUGUGUAAUUGAUUUGUUCAGCCUUAUACAAAAUUUUGUGUCUACUAUUAUUCAGAUAUGCUGUAAUAAGUAAAAAGUGGACAACUUUAAAGAGCUAAGAACUUAACAUAAUGGCACUGGUGUGUGUGUGUGUGUGUGUGAGAGAGAGAGAGAGAGAGAGAGAGAG